AGAACUUCACUCCUUAUCAACUCAGGUUAUUUUUGUGGUUUUGUCCUAAUUCAAGCAUAUCAAAUGUGUUCCUGUUUUUGAGAAACCUUAUAUAGUGAGCCAAAGCAGAGAGCAGAGCAGAACUUCUCCAAACUGGUAAGCAGACUGAAGAGAGAGAUGGUCUUCACCAGGAUCCUGCUGCUUUUAUUCCUUCCACUUCUUGGCAUUGCCAAAGCAAGAAUGCUCAGUCCAGAAACAGUGCAGGUGCUUCUGAAGGACACUAAUGAUGUUAAGGAUGAUCAAGCCUGCCAAGACUGUAUCCAGAUCAUAGAGAUCCUGAAACACUUGCUAUCGGAUGAAGAGUUCCAGAUGAACUUGAAGAGCACUCUGGAGAAGUUGUGUGACGUGCUGCCUCAGCAGAUUACGCAGAAGUGCCGCAGUGAAGUGGAAAACCUUCCUCUCGUCCUCACCUUCCUCGCCGGACUGAUGAACCCUGGAGAAGUGUGCACUUACUUUAACCUGUGUGAAGGCGAGUUCAAGCUGCAGAUGGAGGACAUUUUAAUGAAUUACAUACAAAAGACCAUCACACCACCUACUGUCAUGCUGGAGGCCUCGUUCCAGUGCAGCGCUUGCACAUACGUUUUGAAUGUGCUGGACUGUCUCCUACCCACAGCACAGACAGAGAGUGCCGUGAUCGGUGUUUUGGAUGAAGUGUGUUCCCUCCUCCCCCUGCUCUUAAGGAGUCAGUGCUCACAGCUGUUUCAGAGAACAGUGAAGAGGCUGUUUGAGGUUCUCCUGAACCCAGCGUCGCCCAACUCCAUCUGCUCUGUGCUGCGGCUCUGUCAGAGCUCGACAGCACCUAGUAACAUGGUGUCUCCUCUCUCGGACUGUGACUCGUGUCUGACUCUGGUUGUCCUGUCUCGUCUCCAUUUGGGCUUGAACGCCACUCAGCCUCAGGUUACCUCCUUCCUGCACUCCGUGUGCCAGUCACACCCCGGCGUCCUGCCCAAGUGUGAGAGUUUUACUCAGCGCUACGGUGAGCAGCUCCAGUGGAUUCUGGGUAAAGAGGCAGCCUCUCUGGAUGUGUGUGAGAGAGCUGAUCUGUGUGUGGGGAGAAAGAGGACGGAGCAGGGAGAUUUUGGUGACCCCUGCACACUGGGGCCGAGCUACAGCUGUCGAGACCUGCAAACUGCUCACACCUGUGGGGUCAUCCCUUUCUGCCAGAUGACCGUGUGGAAGUAGAAGUCUGUUCUCCGUUGGAUUUCAGCUUCACAGCCGCUUCUUCACUUCAUGUCCUCGGCCACACAGAGUCUAAACGUGCAGUCUAAAAAGAUUUGACAGAAAUGUCAGUGUUUGUUUUUCUAAUCUGGGCUACGAGCUGAACCUGAACUCUGACCUGCUAUUGUGCAAACAAACAUAACGCGAUGAUAUCAAAUCAGCUGGCGAGACAGUUUAUUCUGACCCUUUGGCCAUGAUUAAUUUAAUAGCAUGCUCAUGAUGUGUUUUUCCUUUCGAUUACUUUCACAAUCAGCUUUGCUAAAAGUCAGCUCCAAGUUCCUACGCAAGAUAAAAUUAUGGUUUUACAAGCAAGAUGAGCCUGAUGAGUCAUUUUAAACUCCGGACACAUUCAUGUCUUUGUCUAGGUUUAAGUCUUUUUUUUUUCUGCCUCUGUCAUCUUGCAAGUAUCAAGAGAAUCAUUUUUGUCUUUGUUUUUAUAAAAUGACAUGACUGUCAUGACUGCAAUAACAUUAAACUAUAUUAAGAGUU